AACGCCGGUGGCCAGGCAAGAUGGCCGCGCACCUGUCGUACGGGCGGGUGAACCUGAACGUGCUGCGCGAGGCGGUGCGCCGCGAGCUGCGCGAGUUUCUGGACAAGUGCGCCGGGAGCAAGGCCAUUGUGUGGGAUGAGUACCUGACCGGACCCUUUGGACUGAUCGCCCAGUAUUCGCUUCUCAAGGAACAUGAAGUGGAAAAAAUGUUCACACUUAAAGGAAAUCGAUUGCCAGCAGCUGAUGUCAAGAAUAUCAUCUUUUUGGUCAGACCCAGGCUAGAAUUGAUGGAUAUAAUUGCCGAGAAUGUGCUCAGUGAAGACAGACGUGGCCCUACCAGGGAUUUCCACAUUUUGUUUGUGCCACGCCGGAGCUUGCUGUGUGAGCAACGGUUGAAGGACCUGGGUGUUUUGGGAUCCUUUAUCCAUCGAGAGGAAUACAGUUUAGAUCUCAUUCCGUUUGAUGGAGACCUCUUAUCCAUGGAAUCAGAGGGCGCAUUCAAAGAGUGCUACCUGGAGGGUGACCAGACAAGCUUGUACCAUGCAGCCAAAGGGUUGAUGACCCUGCAGGCGCUAUAUGGAACCAUCCCCCACAUCUUCGGGAAAGGAGAAUGUGCUCGGCAAGUGGCCAAUAUGAUGGUCAGGAUGAAGAGGGAGUUUACGGGAAGCCAAAACUCAGUGUUCCCUGUGUUUGAUAACCUCCUGCUGCUUGAUCGCAACGUGGAUCUCUUAACGCCGCUGGCCACCCAGCUCACAUACGAAGGACUCAUUGAUGAGAUUUAUGGCAUUCAGAACAGUUAUGUGAAGUUACCGCCAGAGAAAUUCACACCCAAGAAGCAGGGCGGCGGUGGCGGGAAGGACCUUCCCACGGAAGCGAAGAAGCUUCAGCUGAACUCUGCAGAGGAGCUUUAUGCUGAGAUCCGAGACAAGAACUUCAACGCUGUGGGCUCUGUGCUCAGCAAGAAGGCGAAGAUCAUCUCUGCUGCCUUUGAGGAGAGGCACAAUGCCAAGACAGUGGGGGAGAUUAAGCAGUUUGUUUCCCAGCUGCCCCACAUGCAGGCCGCCAGGGGAUCUCUUGCCAACCACACCUCAAUUGCCGAGUUAAUCAAAGAUGUCACCACUUCUGAAGACUUCUUCGAUAAGUUAACAGUGGAGCAGGAGUUCAUGUCUGGGGUGGACACUGACAAGGUCAACAACUACAUCGAGGACUGUAUUGCCCAGAAGCAUCCGCUCAUCAAGGUGUUGAGACUGGUGUGCCUCCAAUCUGUGUGCAACAGUGGGCUCAAGCAGAAGGUUCUGGACUUCUACAAAAGGGAAAUUCUCCAGACCUAUGGCUACGAGCACAUACUGACCUUGAACAACCUGGAGAAAGCUGGCCUACUAAAAGCUCAGACAGGGGGCAGAAACAAUUACCCAACGAUUCGGAAAACAUUACGGCUCUGGAUGGAUGAUGUCAAUGAGCAAAACCCCACAGACAUUUCCUACGUGUACAGUGGUUAUGCACCACUCAGUGUGCGACUCGCUCAGCUCCUUUCCCGGCCAGGUUGGCGGAGCAUCGAGGAGGUUCUCCGCAUUCUCCCGGGGCCUCACUUUGAAGAACGCCAGCCAUUGCCCACCGGGCUGCAGAAGAAGCGUCAACCUGGAGAGAACAGAGUCACACUGAUCUUUUUCCUCGGGGGUGUCACCUUUGCUGAAAUCGCCGCCCUGCGCUUUCUCUCCCAGUUGGAAGAUGGAGGCACUGAAUAUGUAAUUGCGACCACUAAACUGAUGAAUGGAAGCAGCUGGAUAGAGGCUCUCAUGGAAGAGCCCCGAUAAGUCCAGAAGACAUUCCGUGGCCAGGAUAGUGGUUUUGUGUUGAGGACUAAACCAGUGUUGUCUGAGUGCUUGCUCUUUCCUGCGGAUCUGUGUCGCCAGUCUCUUACCAGUUUGACUCCUAAGGCAAGUUUUGUUUCCUUCUGAAAAAAAUCAGCUUUGAAGAGUUUCUUGGUGUAAUGAAGUUUCUGCCUUCUCUGAUUUAGCUGCAUCUGUGCAGGUUCUCUGCCUACGAAGGACUGAAGAGCAAGCAGCUUCUGCCAAUUACCCAUACAAAGGCUCUUCUGACUGCACAUUAACUGCAAGACAUGCCAGUGGAGAUGCCGCUAAUGGGGCUUCCAUUUUCUUCCAUGUCCGUUGAGGCCCCAACAUCACACUGAUCCUUCUGUGAGCAGUCGCAGCCCUUAAGUUUCUUCACGCUGCUCUGUGACCAUGGUAACUGCCUUAUGCACCUCGUUAGCAUACCGGCUGUACUCAAGUUCACACAUCACUUUUGCUCAAAUAUACUCAGCUGGUGACUGCAACCACUGUGGUGAGUCUCAGUCAGAUCCACGACUGAGAGCAGGCAUAUUGGUGAAGCUGGGAGUUCCUCAUCUCAGCAUCUGGAGAAGUUAAGGGUGCCAAGCAUGGGACCCAGUGAUGGCUUUUCUGCCAUCAUCCAGGUCUGCAGAAAAUGUAGCCUGUCUAACCAUUGCCCAGCUCCCAUCCAGGGUGUGGCUGCUCUGGUUAACUACUAACCACAAGUUUUCUUCUCAUUUUCUUCAUGUAGAAUUUGGAACAGUUCACUGCACAUUGUAAGUGAAAGAAAUUGCAUAUUAAAAAAUACAGGAAUAAAAGGUGGCAA